AUGACUAUCCAAAGACGAAUUAUGUCUUUGUCAGGUAAUAUUGCGGAACAAUUAAAUGAAAAAACUAAGAUCAUUGAAUUUUUUUCAUUAGCACUCGACGAAUCCACUGAUAUUAGUUCCACAGCUCAACUUCUGAUAUUCAUACGAGGUGUUACUCAAGAUUUUGAAGUCUUAGAAGAGUUAUUAGAAAUGUGUUCAUUGAAAGGUCAAUCCAGAGGAGUUGGUAUACUCAAUGUACUUUUGUAUGAGUAUUCAAAAACUGAUUUAGACUUAUCAAAAUUAUCGGGAGUUGCGACUGACGGUGCUCCUUCGAUGAUUGGUGUCAAUUCUGGGCUAGUUAAUUUGCUGAAAAAGCAUCUGCAAGAAAAAAACAUAAACGCUGAAGAUCUCAUGCAGUUUCACUGCAUUAUACACCAAGAAGCCCUCUGUUCUAAAAAAAUUGAAUUUCAAAAUGUCAUGAAAGUGGUAGUUUCGACUGUAAAUUUCAUAAAAUCACAAGGACUCAAUCACAGGCAAUUCAAACAAUUCCUUGAUGACAUCGAAAACGAAUAUGGAAAUUUACUGUAUUAUACAGAAGUAAGGUGGCUAAGUCGUGGAUUGACACUGGAACAAUUUCUAAAUUUAAUAGAAGAAAUUGGAAUAUUUCUGGCGGAAAAGCAAAGGGAUGUCCCGGAACUUAAAAAUCCUGAUUAG